AUGAGCAACACGACAACGGAUGAAGUUGCCACAAUUUCAGUGAUUUUUGCUCCUGUGCUUGGUGUGGAGAUUGUCAUAGGACUUGUUGGAAAUGGCAUUGCUUUGGGCAUCUUUUGCUCCUACAGGACUCUCUGGUCAUCAAGCACUGUGUAUUUAUUCAGCUUGAUCAUCGCUGAUCUCUUCUUGAUAAUCAACUUGCCAUUUUGUAUCCACUACUACAUGAAGAAUGAAGUCUGGGUCUUCACAGUGACAUUCUGCAGUGUCAACCUAUUCAUGUUGUCAAUGAACAGGACAGCAAGCACUGUAUUUCUCACUGCCAUUGCGAUGGAUCGCUACUUUAAAGUGGUUCAUCCUCACCACCAACUGAGUAAAAUAUCAACAUGCUGUGCCGCAAAAGUAGCAAUUGCACUUUGGAUCAUAGUUAUACUGAUGAACAGCCAUGUCUUUACCUUGGAUCAUAGUCAGAGUAAGAACAGUGCAUGUCAAAGUUAUAACCCUCGUCUUGAACCACCAGCAGCAGCCACAUGGCAUGAAAUAUUAUUUUUUCUUGAAUUUUUUCUGCCUUUAGGAAUCAUCAUGUUCUGUAUUUUCAACAUUAUCUUGAAGCUAAAGCAGAGGAAAUUGGCUAAAAGGAACAAGGUCCAAAGAUCUGUGAAAGUGCUGAUAGUCUUUGUUUUGGUAUAUACCGUCUGCUUCUUGCCUAGUAUUUUAAUUGCUACAGUGGCGCUGGUUACUAUAAAAGUAUCCCCUAAUAUUGGCAAGUUAUUACAUGCCUCAUUUGCCUUUACAUACCUAAACAAUGAUCCAGUUCUGUAUUGCUUUUCAAGCCAAGUAUUCCUAAAUAGAUGCAAAAAAGUGCUUUGCCAGGCUGGAUGGUUUAAAACCUCUCGGACAGAAGGAACCAAUGAAAGUUCAUCAAGAUAUUCUGAACAAAGAAUGAAGACCCUCCAAUCACCAACAGUAAGGAAAUAG